CCAUCGGUUUCUCUUAUUCCCUCCCGCCCGCCUGGCGCUUGCCUCUCCGCUCCCGGAGAAAACAUCCCCUCCGCCGCCCGCCGGCUUGUUUGACCUCCUGCAGCCACCGCAUCCGCAGUCAUCUCCGUUGAGCUCCGCGAUUCCUCUCCCUGCCUUAUUGUUUCAGGUACCGGCUGGCUCCCUCUCUCUCCUCUUUUCAUCUCAGAUGAUUGUUCUUCUGUUCUGUUUCUGAUUGUGGCGCGAAUCGUCCAUGGCGAUCUGGAGGCCGUGGAUCUCCCGGUGCUCCUCUUUUUGGCCGUAUUUUUGAACUGCGCAUAGCGGUUUCCCUCCCAGCUCUCUCGUUUUCGUCCAUCCGUUGAGGAAAUUAGCUUCGGUUCUUCGUCCUUUGAGUUGUGAAUUGCAGAUGAUAGAAGCGAAGUCUCUCGUGCGAUUCUGUUGAGUAUUCCGUCUGUCAACGAUCUUGUUCAAUCGGAUUGCCAGCUGAUAUGAGAUUGUUCCCUAGGUUCAUCCGUUCAUUCUGUUUUGGGGGGAAUUGAUAUUGUAUAUGUUAAUUGGAUUAGGGUGGCUUGAUUGUUGUCUUGUGAGGGUGAUGGAUUUUCAGAGGAAAAAAGCACUGUUUCCCGUAGGGAAUCUGUUUAUGGUUUUGUCCUCUCUUUUCCAGCCGUGAGUGAAAGAGGUUCAAACACAGGAUAGAGCUGGGCUUAGAAUAGGAUGGCAUGUUCUAGGUUCAUUGGUAGCCCAGAUCUCAUUUUCCGUUGCUGAUUAGAUUCCCAUUGGAGCUUAGAAUAGUUUUGACCUAUAGUUUCUAUUGCUUGAUGGGCAUGGGCUGUCAUCCUUGAACCUAAUGCUCACACUGAACGAUGAGAAAUGGUUGCUUUCUUACAUGGUGAUGGGUUUCUUGUUUAGAUGUCAUGUUGUUAUAGAGAGCUACUGGCCAACCAUUUAAAACCCCUCUACAGAGGAUGAGAAAAUUAGGUGUAACUGACUUGUCCUUCAGGACUUGGUUCUACCUUCCCUUAGGUUUCAUGAAUUCAGAUUCACCAAAUUACUCAAUCGUUUGGGUAGAGGUCGUCAUCACUAUGAUUAACCAUCUUCAUUGAAGGGUUGAGAUCUAAGUCAUCUUACAGUUUGUGACCAUCGGUUUGUGCCUUUUGGUUUGGAAUCCCAAGUUCCCUGCCUCCAUUACCUUCUCUCGCCAUUCCUGUGUGCUUCUGUGGGUCUUUGCAUUCGAUUUGCUCUGAAUUUCCUUCACCCUGAAUUUCUCUGGCUUUCCUGUGAGGUUUCAUCCUACUGUUCUGAAGUCUGUUUAUCCUUUUUUCUUUCCCAGAGAGCCAAAUAGUUGCUGGUUCUGAAGAACGGAUCCCUCCCAGUGGCCAAUCAAUGGCAUUCCAGCAAUUCUACUCGCAGGAAUGGAAAUCUGUUGCAAGUGCAGCGGCAGCAGCAACAACAACAACCUCGGAAGAACCCAGUUUAAACGACGGCUUCGACUGCAACAUCUGCUUUGAAUUUGCAAAAGAGCCAGUUGUCACCCUCUGCGGCCAUUUAUACUGCUGGCCGUGCAUCUACAAGUGGCUCCACGUCCAGAGCGCCUCCCUUUCUUCCGACGAGCACCCACAGUGCCCCGUCUGCAAGGCCGUUAUAUCCCACACCACAAUGGUCCCUCUCUAUGGCAGAGGACAGUCCACAGAAGAAGAAACCGAAGCAAAGACUCCCGGCAGCAGUGCCAUUUCCAUUCCCCCUCGACCACCAGCCUGCGGUACCCAAGCUCUCGCCACCAGCAGCACUCAAACAGGUCAGCAGCUUCCUUACCGAAACCCUUACCGGGGUAAUAACCACCACGACAUUCCACCCAUGGCAUAUGCUAGCUUUGACGAAACUGCUACAUCCCCAUCGCUGCCUGAUACCGGUUUCCACCACCACCCGGGAUAUGGGGUGCUCGGGGAGGUGGUAUUCGCGAGGGUUUUUGGGAACUCCGAUAGUUUACAUGCUUACCCGAACUCCUAUCAGCUUAAUCCGAGCGGUAGCUCGAGGUUGAGAAGGCAGGAUAUACAGGCGGACAAGUCGCUGAGUAGGAUCUCGUUCUUCUUGUUUUGCUGCGCUCUGCUGUGCCUCAUUGUCUUCUGACCCAGGCAGUGGACGAGUUCUUAUGGAAAGAAGCGUUUCAUUUUUGUAUAAUUUGUAAAGAAGAAUCCUGAAACGGCUUGUGGAACUUGUGAUGAGAAACGCCCAUAUAGACUUAAUGCCAGUCAAUUAUACAAAGAGAGAGAGAUUUAGCUUGUGAUGAUGACAUUGCUGUCACCAUUUUUGUCUCAAGUUAGCCUGCCGUUGUGAAUUGGACAAUUGGACUCUUAUCAUGUUGGCCACCGACGGGGUUUAGGUUUAUCCAAUAAUGUAAUUGGAACUAGUAAUGUGUAUAUUAAAAUGUGUAUGUGCAACAUAUAAUCUUACCUGUGCUAAUCAAACCUGAUUUGGUAUUUGAUGAUGCUAGUAAAAUGAGACUAAUGGGUAGUUGAUUAGACUAGUCAUUAUGAGAGUAAUUAGAGGUGGUGAGGUGGUCAAUAAUCCAUAUGAUAAGGCAAUCUUUUUUUGGCAAUAUCUAUGAUUUUUAUGGUCCACAAACUAUUCGUGAUCAUUGCCCGCACUUUCUUUGUUAACAAUAAGGGUGAUAUGUGACCUUAUCCUACGGAUCAAAGCUUAGUCCAAGAUGUCUUGUACUCUGUCACUAUGUUUGCUUGCAGCAUUGUCCUCAUCCAUAAAGGCUCGACCAAGAAUAAAAAAGGAUCCUUAGU